AUGGCUACUUCACUAUCAACAGACUGCUUCCUGAACGCAUUCGAGCGUUUCUGCAGCAGAAGAGGAGUGCCAACACAUGUGCGGUCGGACAAUGGUACGAAUUUCGUCGGUGCACAGCGGGAACUACAAGAGUUGAUCGACCAGUUUGACGAAGAGAAGAUCGCUAAGAAAGCAGCCAACAAUGGUAUCCACUGGUCCUUCCAUCCUCCACUUGCACCACAUUUUGGAGGUGUUCACGAAGCUAUGGUAAAAUCGGCAAAACGAGCCCUUCGUGCCGUCCUCCAGAAUGCAGAUGUGACAGAUGAAGAAUUCCAGACAGCGUUUGUCGGAGUAGAAGGUUUGCUCAACUCUCGUCCACUCUCGUACGUGUCGUCUGAUCCACGUGACGACAUCCCACUGACACCAAACCACUUCCUCAUAGGCAUGGCUGGUGGAAGCUUUGCCCCAGAUGUGGAUGCGUAUGAUUUCAGCCCCACUCGUUUGCUUUAG